CAGAACCGAACACAUUGUAUGACCCCAGCCGUCCUCCAAGCCAGAGCCGAACACGCUUCUCCACUGCCUUCAGUGGUUUAACUCCAUGGGAGUAUCUCUCAAGCACUGGGUCUGUGGCAGAUGGGGAAGGAGAGUGAUUACAUGCCUCAUGGGAGGGCGUGUAAUUUUGCCGUGCAUAUCAAGCACGAAUGGCCUGUUUUUCUUGGGUCUAUCUUAAAACUCGCUUUGGCAUGUUAGUGUUUUGGAAGCACUCAUUUCCUCUACUGCUCUUUGAGGGAGUGACUGAUUCUGCAGCUUGCAUUGCCAGCCUUACACAUACUGAUAUGACGAGCUCACACCUAACGGCGACUACUCCGGUGUGACACCCCCGCCUCCCCAGGCCCCUCAUGUGAUCAGUCGAGCAGGCGCCGGGGGAGGGUGGGCAGGCGGACCGCAGUGACACGCUUGCAGGGGCCGUCAGGAUGUGGGAGAAGGCCCUCGGCAGGUUCGUGCUCUUCAUACGGUACAGACACUAGCUCCACGGGACUGGCCAUCUGACGUAUAUUGACCAAGACCUCACAAUUGUCACAACAGUCACACAUAGUAUUUCUACCAAUGCUACCCGUUUCGUUUUCUUACAGAGGAUUUCACAGGCUCUUUGGUUAGGCAGCACACCUGGUUAUUUCUUCACAAAAUAAAACGAAUGAUUUGAGUAGGAAUCGGAACUUUUUUUCUAAUGCAUUUUGGUGCCCGCCUCUUGUUUUAAGCUCAAAAUUUUCUCUUGUGCCUUUUUUUUACACAGAUGAACAAAUGCAUGUGGUGAAUGAAAAGCAAUGCAUUGUGCCUCAGCAGUGUGACUGUCUCCACAGUGGGAGAUGCCUGCAUAAUAUACUUCGACAGAGAUGCUAGGGAGCGAAAAUAAGCCCUCAUGAAUAAUUAAACAGACAGCGAGACAUACUUCCAAAGUUGGGUUUGGGGAGGUGGCCGGGGAUCGCCGGCUGCAUUUUCGACUGGUUUUAGUGAAGUUAGCCCAAAGGAGAGAAGCACGUUUGAUCGCUGAAGUCACAACUAGCAGCUUCCACUUCGGUCAGUCAUUGUUCAGCGCGCCGGAGUCGAGCUGCUCUCAGGGAACUUCCUCUCCACGAGUUUGUCCGCAGCGAGUCCGACGGCGUUUGGGACGGUCCUGUUUGUUGUUCAGGUCGUGUUGUGACUGUCCACGCUGGAAGAGGAACAGCAGAAACUACGAAAAGCUGCCAAAAAAAACGGAUAUUGUUCAGUAUAAUUGGUGUUGACAUUUACCAGGCUGUGUCAGCGCUGCUCUCUGGCACAGAUGUGAAAGGAACCCAUCACGUCCCCGCUCCUGAUGCCUUUUACAGGCAUAACAAAAAAGGCUACGAAAAAGUGAAGAUUGGAGUUGUACGUGAGAAAGCGCUGGCCUGGCCUGUGUGGUCCCGGUCCCGGCUGAUUUCCGCUGGCUUGCCGCCUCGUCUGAGAAGAUGGGCUCCUUCCGCCGGCCCCGGCCCCGCUUCAUGAGCUCCCCGGUUCUGACGGACCUGCCCCGGUUCCACGCCAGCAGCCAGGCGGUCCAGCUCAGCAACGCCACCAUGUGGAACAGUGUCCACUCGGCCGUGAUCAAGGUGUUCCAGGGUGGGGGGCUGCAGUCCAACGAGCUCUUCUCCCUGAACGAGAGCAUCAGGUGGCUUUUGAAGACAGAGCUGGGCUCCUUCAUCACUGAGUAUUUUCAGAAUCAACUCCUUAACAAAGGGCUGGUGUACAUUGCAGAGAAGAUCCAGCUUUAUGAAGGUGACAGCCAGCUUCUUAUUCUUUCCGAGAUGUGGGACCGCUUCUUCACAGAGAUUCUGCCCACUCUGCAGGCCAUCUUCUAUCCAGUCCAGGGCCAGGAGCUGACAGUCAGACAGAUGGCUCUGCUGGGCUUCAGGGACCUUGUGCUGCUGAAGCUGCCCUUGGAGGAGCUGCUUCCCAGCGUGGAGGCCCAGACUCCCCCUGCCAUCACACAGAUGCUGCUUAUCCUUCAGGUCGCUCUUCCCUUUCAGGGCACCCAUGAGCCCAGCGGCCCCAGCCAUGAGUACUGCCAGCUGGAGAAACUGGUGGGACUGGUGGUGUCGCCAUACUUGGGAAACUACCUGGAGAAGAGCCGGGCUGCCAGCUUUCUGGGACGGGCACCACGCCACAAGGCUGGGAGCUUGAUGCACUAUGGACCAGAGAUUAUGGUCACCCAGCAUGCCCCAGAUUCCUUGCUGGCACCACUAGUGGAACAGGAGGGAGAGGCGUACCUGGAGAAGGUGGGCGGUGUCCGCAGGCACACUGUCGCCAAUGCACAUUCUGACUUGCAGCUGCUCACCGUGGCAACCAUGAUGCAUUCUGGGAUGGUGGAAGAGAGUGCUAUGGGGCCACGGCACUUCAUCAGCGAGCCCCACAUCGGAGAGUCUCCAGGGAGCAUGGUCAUGAUGUCACUGCAAGGCUCCUCGGAACUGAGCUGUGCUCUACCCAGCUAGCUCAUGGCCAGCUAAACAGCAAGCCAGGGUCUUGAAACACAGACAGAAUUCUAAGGGCAAAUAGGAGCAUCACACAGACGUUGAGGCCUCUCGGCUUCUGAUUUUUAUCUUAUGUCCGAUAGCUAGUUGAUCCAAGGACCUGCUGAAACUGAUCACUGACGGAUUAAUGGAUUGGGAGUUACGACAUGGUCUGGUAACGAUUUUCAUUAUUGCCUGGCUCCCCGCAUUGACAUUCAUUUCCUUUUCAGGUCUCACUUACAGUUCAGGUGUUCGAGUUGAGGUUGAACAGGAGACUGAGGCUGGUUUUAUUUUUGUUUCCUCAAUCAAAUAUCUUUAGCAUGAAUCUUGUUAAUGGGCAAAGAAGCUGAGUCUCUUUGAUCCAUUUGUAAAAACCACAGCUUGCCAGAGGGGAACUCAUGAUGAACUUAAUUUAUUGUGAUUUUUGUAUUUUUAUAUAUACUGUAACAGUUUUAGGAAAAUAGGAUGUGAUCUCAGUGUCUGAGUUUCCUACCAAUUGCGUUGCAUGGUCUGAAUUAAAAGUUUCCUGAAGUGAGCUGAGCUCGACUUGACACUGGAGACAGUCGCGAACACCAGAGACUUCUACAAAUAACGGACAGACAAGGCCAUCUUAGAAAAUGCAUGCAAGCCAGAAAAUAAACUUCAGUGCAACACCCUG